AUGUCCGACCCAAUCGCUACCGGCCCGCAGGUAACUCUGCCCGUGCAGAACGGCGCGCUGCCCGCCGAGGACCCGGCCGGCGAAGUGGUGGCCGCCAUUGCCCAGGCCCAGACCAUCAGUCCAGAUGAGAUUGCACUCUACGACAGACAGAUCCGCCUCUGGGGCGUUCAGGCCCAAGAGAGGCUGCGCUCUGCAAACGUCCUUCUCAUUUCCGUCAAGGCCCUUGCCAACGAGGUCGCCAAGAACCUCGUCCUUGCCGGCAUCAAGUCCCUUACCAUCGUCGACCACGAGCUUGUCACCGAAGAUGAUCUUGGCUCCCAAUUCUUCGUUUCCGAGGCCGACGUAGGCCAGAACCGCGCCGAAGCUGCUGCUCCGCAGAUCCAAAAGCUCAACCCCCGUGUUGCUAUCAUGACGGAUACAUCCGACAUCAAUGCCAAAGUGCCCGAGUUCUACCAGCCUUUCGACCUUGUCAUCGCCACGGACCUGGACUUUGCCACCCUCUCCACCAUCGACGCUUCGACCAGGUUGGCCCAGAAGCCCUUCUACGCAGCCGGCGCCCAUGGCAUGUAUGGCUACAUCUUCGCCGAUCUAAUCCAGCACGACUACGUCAUCGAGCGUGAAAAGUCCAACAUUUCCACGACUUUGAGGCAGGAGUCCGCAACACGCUCCAUCAUUGCUUUCGCCGACAAGGGCACCGAGAAUGGCAAGCGCAUGGAGCUUGUCACCAAGCGCGAGAUGUACUCUCCUCUGCUCCUUGCGAACACGUCCCCUCUUCCGCCGGAGUACCAGGGCAACCGUCGCAAGCUCCGCCAGGUCACGCCACUCCUCACGUGCUUCCGCGCGUUGUGGGAGUUCCAGAAGGUCAAUGGAAGGAAUCCAUCACACACGCCAGCCGAUCUGCAGCUGUUCACGACUCUGGCGACGGAGAAGCACAAGGAGCUGCAGCUGCCGAUUGAGACGCUGACCAGCGAAUUCCUGCGCAAGUUUAUGCAGAAUCUCGGAAGCGAGCUGGCACCGGUUACUGCUUUCAUCGGAGGCCAGCUAGCGCAGGAUGUCAUCAACGUUAUUGGCAGACGGGAGCAGCCCAUCCAGAACUUGAUGCUUUUCGACGGUGACGAGUCCAAGGCGCCCGUCUAUGCCAUGCACCCUAUAUUCACCACCUGA